AUGUCGCUGUUUACUUUCCUAAUUUCCGUGAUCUCAGCUAUAAUGGCUCCCGCCCUGGAUAAGGUUCAGCAGGAACUCCAUUUUCCGUCCAGUACAACGGGCGUUAUAUCCCUUUCUGUUUACUUGCUGGGCGUGGCAAUCGUUCCCUUGUUUACGGCGCCUUUGUCAGAGAUUUCUAGUAGAAUGAUAAUCCUUCGGGCUACUGAUGUACUCUUCAUCGUCUUCAACACCCUAUGUGGAACUGCAAGAACCCCAAAUCAGCUGAUUGGCCUUUGCUUUCUAGCUGGCCUAGGCGGCGCAGGAGCUAAGACGACCAAAUUGUAUCAUGGAUUUACUGACUAUUACAGGAAUAUCGGCGCAGCCAUUUACGGUGCCGGCGCGUUACAUGAAAUUCAGUGCAUAGUAGGGUACAUAAUGGAUACAUAUCCCAAGUAUGCUUCCAGUGCGGUAGCGGCGGUUAUGUUCCUCGGUCUCGGAUGGGGGAAUACACUUCUGGCUUUGAUCGCGGUGGUGGUGGGCAUUCCGGCGCCGAUUUUGUUAAGGUGGCGCUACGGCGACGGAGUCCAUAUGCGCAGGAUGAUUAGCUUCUGGAAAAAUUACAGUGAUUUGGAAGUAAGUGAGUGCUAUUAA